AUGCUACGAAGACUAGCGCUGCCUACCAGCAGACGGCAGUCACUACAGCAUGACCAACACAUAGUCAGCCUCGCCGCCAACGCUUCCUCUGUCCGCCAAGCCCACCACGCACGCUUCACCCCCAAUGCUGCAAAGAAGAGGCGAGCAGCUCGGCCCCUGGCUGCAUGGAAGAUCAGAGAAAAGGAGCUCAGAUCAGAGCUCACCUUUCUUGAGUCUCAGGCAGAUGAGUUGCAGAAGAGGAACAAGGCAAAGGAGGCCACAAAGGAUCUGCCCGAGCUGGACGAAGCCAGCCUGGAUGAAAUCUACCAGGGCGUCAAAGCAGGCGACCCAGUCCCUCCGGAAGAGCUCAAACUGCUAGAGUCCCACCAACGAAAGUCUACCGAGAGGUAUGCUCGAAUCGUCCAAAACGCAAGGAAGCUGCUCCCGGCGUCUGCCCAGCAGCAGGAAAGUCUCCCUCCCCGCACCUUUGCGGAGCGGAUGAAGGAGAGACUUAUGGCCCUCUCUGCUCGCUUAGAGACGAUGCAGCAACAAGCCCUCGUAGAAGGGGCUCCGUCGAGUUCAGCUGCCACUGGAGCCCUAGCUCAAUGGAAGGACAGGACGGGCCAGCUCAAGCAAUCCCUGGAAGCAUUGACUGCCGAGGCCGAAAGCCCUGAGGGAGAGGAAGCAGCAGGGACCGGGGAGAUGGAGGAUGACCAAUACAGACACUUUGAGACUGUAGGGCUGCGCUCUGUAGCUCGUGCACCAGAUGGGGAGGACCAGUCUGGGUCAAGCGAGGUGGCUCAAUCCAAUGCUCCUCAAGAACAGCUCACAUCGACAGAGGAGCUGGUAGGCAAAUUGGUGACCUUUCUCGAGGCUGCCGAAGGCUCGAGCUCUGAAAGGCAUGCCAUCGUCUCCACUAUACACCAAAAGGACUGGGUAGCUCUCGGACUCGCUUGCGCUGAGCAACGUGAUGCUGAGCUGCUCAGGAGGACAUUAGAAGCCAUCGAGCAAUUGGCUGCCGAAGAGCUCAUAUCACGAGACAGUCUCGAUGCAUUCUACAACUCCGUGGCCGACGCUUUCGCAGAGCAGGGCGAUUCUACGACUUGCGAAGCCAUCGUGCAGCACCUGGUCAGCUCGGGUCGGGCGCCUACGUCCUUCACACAUCAUGCACUCGUUAAAGCCUAUCUUCGAUCCCCUAAUGAUCGCCUCUCACAAGCGCUGUCACUCAUUCAUCAUUUGGAGCUCACGCCCACACCACCCUCACAAGCCACGUACUCGAUGACCAUAUCUCAUCUCCUCUCAUCGAGUAGCGAAGAGCUCAGAGAUGAGGUGUGGGGCGUCUGGUACAGAAUGAGGUUGAAUGCCCACCCCGUCCCAGAUGCCGUAGUCUGGGGCAACAUGCUUCGAGCUUGUGCUCUAGGCACCAGCCCCGGUCGCGACUCUGCACCAGAACAUCUUGAGCAGCACAGGAGCUCGAAGAAGGUCCCCACCAUGCGAGAAUUGAGAAGGCAGGAUGCGUCUGUAUCUCAGAGAGAGACUGCACUGGAUCUCUUCCGCGAGAUGACAGUUGUACACGGCAUCCGGCCGACGCCAGUCUGCUACAACAAUCUCAUCCUGGCUUGUUGCAGAAGCGCCGACGAGGGCGCUUACCUUGAUGGAUUCAGGUUGUUGAGUGAGAUGAUCACUCUCGGCCAAGAGACGGGAAUCUCCAGCUACGAGCCGGACCGAGCGACAUUCUAUGCUUUGCUGGAAGGCUGUAGACGAGGCAAAGAUGUGCUUCGUGCCAGAUGGGUCUUGGCGGAGAUGAUUCGUAGCUCCGCACCCCUAUGGUCAAGCCCUGCCUCUUCGGAAGCUUUGACUUGGGAAGAGAGGGCUAGAUUGGAGGCACGUAUGCCGGAUGCCAAGAUCUUGUCGCAGCUCUUCUACACAUAUACGGGCUGGAGACCCACUCCGGUCGCCGUUAAGGCCAAGACUGCAGAGAAGGUCCGAUCAGCGCAAGGGACACGGAAGGCUACCAGCGCAGACGUUCAGGACAGUGACUCCUCGAAUCAGGCUCUAUCACAGGUCGACCUCGACGAAGCAGCAUCUGAAUUCUCAUCGAGACCUCCUGCUACCUCUACAGAAGUGGUUCGAGAAGUCAGAGGUCUCUUGGCACGAGUGAUCGCGGACCGCGUCUCCCCAGGCAUGCUGCCCAUAGGGCCAAUGUCGUCCGUUGAGAUCUCCACACGUCUCCUCAAUGCUUACCUCGCAGUGCUCAAGACGCACGCUCCUAGAAGCGAGUGUGCUGCCUAUCUCGGCUCUGCGGUCCGAUCGGAUCAAACGCAAGAUCCGCCUCGACCCUCCCUGUUCGAGCAAUUAGGCUUGACGCCCUGUGGUCAUACUUGGCUGCACGUAAUGGAGGCCUGCACUCGCUCGGGCAAGUCCCCCUACACGCGCUCUCUGGGAGACUGGGCGUGGACUCAAUGGCGCUCCAUGGAGGAUGAGGCCCUUGCACACGGCUCCGUAUCGGAGUCCAUGGGUACGGACAAGCGCAACAGGGAGCGCAUCUGGGCCGAGCGGAUCCGCUUUCUCUGCACCUGGGGCCAACUCGACGAAGCUAUGGCCACCCUAAGAGACUUUGCUAGACUGUACCCUCCCAUGCCCAAGCCUGCGCCGCUGCCCAAGGCGAGAAGGAAGAUGCCCUUUUUUGAUUUCAAGGCGGUGCUAGAGACGAUUGAGAGGGCGCAAUAUGCUAGUGGGAAGGGCCAGUCGCUCCUCGAGGCAAGGCCGGAGCAACCUCAGCUCACUAGCCAAGCGAGCGAGGCGGAGGAAGUGGCUACACCGAGCGCCGCAGGCAGUUCCACCUCCAUUUCAGAAUCAGACUCUGCCUCUACCUCUGCCUCUACGACUACUCCUUCCACCACCUCCCCUCCCCGCUGGUCCUCUUCACAUCGAGAUCGACCCCCCAGCUUGAAGUUCUACGACCUGAACCUCCUUCACCAGCGUCUUCUCGAAGCCGGAGAUCGCUCUGCCGACGGUUUGGGAAAGUACACAGUCUGUUGGUUGGAGGAAAAAGUAUGUUGA